CUGUCCUGUCACAGCUGUUGUCCCAGUCACUUGUGUCUGAUAGGACCCCUCUUCACUCCUCUCACUCCUUCCUUUUUUCUCUCUCCUCCCUUCCUGCUGUUCCGGCCAAACUCGAGUGAUGGAGGCCAAGGUACAGGCAGUCCAGCCUGGUCCAACAGAGACCCUGGCCCUGGCAGUUUCCCCCAAGACCCAGGUCCAGCCAGACCCCCAGAACCCUUCCUCAGACCCCAUGGAGGAGUUCAGUCGGCAGCUUGAGGACAUCAUCAACACCUAUGGUUCUGCUGACAGCCUGAUGGACAAACAGAUUGUCAUGGUGGAGCCCGAGGAAGACAAGAUGGAGGAGGACCUUGACAAUGUCACCAAGGAGACAGGUGCCAGCAAGGAUCCGAAGGCCGAGAAGAAGUUGUUGAAGGGACUGGGGAAGGAGGCCUCGCUUCUCAUGCAGAACCUCAACAAGCUCCGGAAACCGGAGGAGAAACUGGAGGCUGUUCUCAAGCAGUAUGCUGAGCUGGUGGAAGAGCAUCGGGCAGAGCAGAGGCAGCAACGCGUGCUCCAGCAAAAGAACACCCACAUGCUAAAGGAAAGAGAACAGCUCCAAUCCGAGCACAGCCGAGCCAUCCUGGCCCGCAGCAAACUGGAGGGGCUCUGCCGAGAGCUCCAGAGACACAACAAGACUCUGAAGGAGGAGACUCUGCAGCGCUGUCGGGACGACGAGGAGAAAAGAAGGGAGAUCACCACCCACUUCCAGAGCACACUCACCGACAUCCAGGCCCAGAUCGAGCAGCACAGCGGCCGCAACGCCAAGCUCUGCCAGGAGAACGCCAACCUGGCCGACAAGCUCAAGAGCAUCCUCAACCAGUACGAGCAGAGAGAGGAGAGUCUGGAAAAGAUCUUCAAGCACCGCGACCUGCAGCAGAAGCUGUCUGAUGCCAAGUUGGAGCAGGCCAAGGCUCAGCUGCAGGAGGCAGAGGAGAAACACAGGAGGGAGAAGGAAUACUUGCUUAGGGAGGCAAUUGACAAAACAAAGAAAUGCUACACAAUGAAGGAGCAGGAGUUGCAGAUGAAGAAAAAGCUGGUGCUGUAUUCCCAGAAGUUUGAUGAGUUCCAGACCACACUGUCCAAGAGCAACGAUGUGUAUGCCAGCUUCAAGCAGGAGAUGGAGAAGAUGACUAAGAAGAUGAAGAAGCUUGACAAAGAGUCAAAUAUCUGGAAGACGAGGUUUGAGAGCUGCAACAAGGCCCUUGUCGAGAUGAUCGAAGAGAGGGCAGAGAAGGAGAAGGAGUUUGAGUUGUUCUGUCUGAGGAUCGACAAGUUGGAGAAGCUGUGCCGUGCGCUGCAGGAUGAGAGACAGUGCCUGUAUACGAAGAUCAAAGACAUACGCCAAACCUCCGCUGAGGAAGCUACACCCACCCAGAGUGACCCAGAGGUCCCUGGGGCGCCUCAGGGGCUGAUCCCAGACCUGGAACUACCAGAGGAUGAUGUACUGACAGAAGAGAUGUCCAGGCUGUCCGCAGAGCAGGCCAGGCUGCAGGCCUUCGCUGCCUCCCUGUUGGCGCCCUCUACUGCAGGGGAGGAUGACGACGACUCAGACAGUGAGGAGGAAGGGGAGUUGGUCGCAGAACCUGCCCAGACCGGGGCCCACGUCUUGGUUCCAGCCCUGCCCCAUCCGGCCUCUGAGCCCAAACAAGAACCAGUUGAGGAAGAAGAGGUCCAGAAGUGUUCAGAACCAGCUCCAGCCCCAGAAGUCCAGGUUGUUCCUUCCGAAUCCUCCAUAUCAGCACCCGUUCAAGCUGACAAGGUCCAGGAGUCUCCAGAACCACACGUGGUCCCAGAUGUACAAGUCGUUCCUGCUGAAUCCUCCGUACCAGCCCCAGUUCCGGCAGAGGAGAUCCAGCUGUCUCCAGAAUCAGUGCCAGAACCAGAACCUGCACAGGUAGCUGUCACACUAUCCUCAGCACCGCUUCCAGAGAAGGAAGAUGCCAGGAAGGGAACUGAACCCAUCCCAUCUCCAGGAGAACCAGGUGAGCAGGCCUCGGUAGCAGCUAAGGUACCAGUAGAAAAGGUGAAGGAGAUCCAGAAACCGAAUCCAGCACCAGAACCAAUACCUGGAGCAGCUGCCUCAAAAAGAAACACAGGCAAGCCCGCCCCCUCCAGGGCACAGCCAACCAGAGGAGGCCCCUCUAAGACACCAAAGAAGAAGAACUCUAAGAAGGCUAGCUGAGAAGUGAGGGUUUUGAAUGUGUAAGUGAGCAUUAGUCAAGUCUAGUAAGUACCUUGUGUGACGGUGAGGAUGUGCUGUAUGAACAGCUUUGUUUGUUUAGACUGGUGCACCUGCAGAGUUGUCACCUUGGAGUGAGGUAUAUCAGAUGGCGAAAGACACAGAAAUGUACUAUACUUUUCAGAUACUGUACAAAGACCUUCCAGACUGUUGUUGGUCAAUAGAAACAGCCACAGAAUGUUGUGUUUUGAAUCCACAAUGAUGUAACUGGAAUAAAGGUCUUUGUAUAGAUA